AUGGUUUCUUACGUUAAAGGUCCAACUUAUAAAGUUUUAUCACAUUUUGGUAAAUUAAAUCCAGAAUUAAUUAGAUCUUAUAUUCCUAAUUUGACAUUAUGGGGUGGUGCUGCCCUCGGAGCUGCUGCUACAUUUACUGAAGGUUGGCCGUUAUUUCAAAAAACUUUUUAUCAGAAAAUUCCAAUUUUUGGUCAACAUUGGAUUAAAGAUGUUGAUCCUGAAGAUGUUCCUGUAUAG